CUGGUCCUUUCUCUGAAGUAUACAACUGCUGCACCCGCACUUUUUGCAUUGCCACGAACAUCCGGCUGGAGAGACUUCUACAUUGCACAGGAAUACCUUGACAAGUAUUACACACCAAAAGGAGAACACACGGUUGGAGAAAUGACAGCGGGUGGCAAUUCCGUGACAAGGAAAAUUAAGCAAAUGCAGGCUUUCUUUGGCUUGCAAGUGACGGGGAAGCUGGACUACAGCACCAUGGAUGUCAUCAAGAGGCCUCGGUGUGGCGUCCCAGAUGUUGCAAACUAUCGCCUCUUCCCAGGAGAACCCAAGUGGGAAAAAAACACAUUGACAUACAGAGUAUCAAAAUAUACGUCCACUCUGAGUCAUGCAGAAGUUGACAAGGCUGUGGAGAUGGGGCUGAAAGCAUGGAGUAGUGCUGCCCCGUUGAAGUUUGUCAAGGCAAGCACAGGAGAAGCCGAUAUCAUGAUAUCCUUCCAAAGUGGAGAUCAUGGGGAUUCUUACCCAUUUGAUGGGCCCCGGGGGACUCUGGCGCAUGCUUUCGCACCUGGAGAAGGAUUGGGUGGAGACACUCAUUUUGAUAACGCUGAGAAGUGGACAAUGGGCGUGAAUGGAUUUAACCUAUUCACGGUUGCUGCUCAUGAAUUUGGCCACGCACUGGGCCUUGCCCAUUCGUCUGACCCGUCAGCUUUAAUGUAUCCCACGUACAAAUACCAGCAUCCCUUUGGCUUCCGUCUCCCCAAAGAUGACGUGAAAGGGAUCCAGGCACUGUAUGGGUCACGGCAAUCCGGAUCCAAGGUCCAUCAUCAACCUCUUCCCAAACCACCAACUCCAGUUGAUCCAGACCAUUGUGACUCCAGAGUCUCAUUUGAUGCAGUCACAGUGCUGGGGAAAGAACUUCUUUUCUUCAAGGAUAGGGUCUUCUGGAGAAGACAAGCUCAGCUAAAAAGUGUGCAGCCACUUGCCAUCACAAGCUCUUUCCCUCAGCUCAUGUCAAACGUCGAUGCUGCCUACGAAGUAGCUGAGAGAGGAGUCGCUUAUUUUUUUAAGGGGCCUCACUACUGGACAACUCGUGGGUUCCAAAUUCAGGGACCCCCUCGGACAAUUGCAGACUUUGGGUUUUCCAGGGAUGUGCAGCACAUAGAUGCAGCUGUCUACCUGAAGGAUGAAAGGAAGACACUCUUCUUUGUAGGAGACGAAUACUACAGCUUUGAUGAAGUUGAAAGAAAAAUUGAAACAGACUAUCCAAAGAGCAUUGAGGAUGAGUUUUCAGGAAUCAACGGCAGAAUAGAUGCUGCAGUGGAGGUGAACGGAUUCAUUUAUUUCUUUCUGGGUCCUAAAGCCUACAAAUAUGACAAAGAAAAGGAAGAGGUUGUGAACAUUGUGAAAUCUAGCUCCUGGGUGGGUUGCUGA